AUAUGGGUUUGUCGUUGGUUAUUUGUUUGUGGGUUUGGAUUUUUUUUUUUCUUCUAUACUUUUUUUUUCUCCAAUCUGCUGAGCGGCGUGCUGGAAAGAGCUGGCAGAGUAAUAUUUAACAGGAACAGAACUCGAAAGCUCAGAGCAUUGUGUUACAGUUCACUGAGUGUCCCCAGCACAGAACAAAACUACACUGCUUGCAUUAUUUGGGAACACACUGAAGCUGCUGACAGGUUUAAAUGCCGACUCAAGAUGACGACGGCCACGCCGCUGACCAAUAACACUCAGCUCUCAGUGAAUGUGACCACAAAGUCCCAAGAACACAAUCUCUAUCAAAGCUCUGGAGCAAUAGUUGCUGCCAUCGUGGUGGGGGUGAUUGUUAUUUUCACAGUGGUUCUGCUCAUCCUGAAAACAUACAACAGGCGCAUGCGAGUGCGGCGGGAGCUGGAACCCAAGGGCUCCAAGCUGGCAGUGCCACCUCCUGUGGGGCACAGCAGCCACAGCCUGGCCCAGCAGCCCUCGGUGACCUUCAUCCCCGUGGACAUCCACCUGCAGAGCAGGUAACCAGGAGCUCCCUGCCAGAGAAGAGAUGGAAUUGUUACCCCAUGGAGCUGGGACUGCCCUGGGAGCAGCAGCCAGCUGGUGUUCCCUCUGUGAAGUGACACAAACCCUGGUUCCCAGCUUUGGGAGGAAAAACCAGAGGUCUGGACACUUCUGCUGUGACUGAAAUGACAGCUGGAGGUCUAGGAUGGCAGUGAGGCCUCCUCUGGGUCUGGAUAAACCAGGAAGAGAAGAUGCCCAGGUGUUGUGGAACUUUUGCUCCCUCAGAGACUCUGCACCCUCUGUGUUCUGCUGAGGAACUGGAGGGAAAGUCUGGACAUGCCCCAAACCCAGCUGGGACCUGAGUUUGUUACGAGUUACAUGAAAGGGGUUUGUGGAUUAUUUUAUACCUGAUGGGUAGUACAGGAGGUAUCAAAAUUGUAUUUAUCUUUGCUCAUAUUUCAUGUUUCUAAUCUCAAAUAUGUACAGGUUCUUAUUUUCAAGUAUUUUAACUGUUUCUAUAAACUCUGUAA